AUGACCAAUCUUUUUUAACUUUUUGCUAGAAUUACAGUAGAGUAAUUUGUGGAGAAUGAGAAACUUGAGAAUUAAAAAUUCUGUUCAUCCUUGCAGUUCUUUUUAAAGCACUCAUUCAGAGACCUUAAACGCAGGAAAUUCCAUUAUUGUCUUGCUCUUUGUUCUGUAUUCAUAGUUGUCAUCUUCUCGCUUAUUAUCAAUACAAUUGUGUCAAAAGGACCCAUAGUGUUCUUGAAGCUAUCCGAAGGAACCAGAGGAGAAAUAGAUGGAGUAGUUACAUCAAGUUAUGUGGGAAGUAUAGAUAUUGGAGCCUCAGAUUUCAAUACUUGGGGCACCUAUUUAAAUUUUUCUAAGUUUGAGGAGAUAAAUCAACCUCAGAACAAAGAGCUCUAUCACUAGGACUUGAAAUUAUCCUUGUCCCCUAGGAAAAACUUCUGUGGAGUUUAAAUGGGAAGUGACUAAACCAAUAGAGCAAUUUCAGAUACUGACGAUGAGGAGAGUAUGAGAAACUGGAAAGCUGGGUACGAUAACUCCACUGGGUUGCCAUCUAGAGCCUAAGUCUAUAAUGGGAAAAUUGAUAUGGAGUAUUAGGUAUGUAUUUCUCUUUUCGAUACAAAACUAGAAAAAGACUAUGAGAUUGGUAGAUAGUAUAAGUUCGAGCCACUAGAGUAUGGAGAAUGUAAUGUCAACAAAAAGGCAUUUAGUACAUUAGGGGUGCAAGAAGGGGACAUUGUUUAUUUUGACCUCAUUAUAUCUCAGUUUAUGAACAAUCUGCUUGUUAAAUUUGACAAAUACGCGAGUCACAAUAAUAAGCAAAGAAUGUAUUAUAAAGGGCAAGGAAGCUAAGUCUAAAAUACAAACGAUAUCACCUAUGUGACCUAUGAAACAAGAGUAUUUUUGCCUUGCAAAGUAAAGAGAUUAACAAGCGGCACCUAUGGUAAAUUUCCUGAUACGAACAUAGCUAAUUUAUAAAUGAUGGAAUAUAAGCAUUUCCUCAAAUUACUCUCUAAUUAUCUGCCGAACGAUUAUGAUAAGAACUAGGAUUUCAAGGAGUUCUUAAGAAAUGAAAAACUAGUUAAUUUGAAGGAGUAUGCCGAUGUUUUUUUGCUCUAACUCCCUAGGCCAAGAGUUCAGCACUACGAAGACUCCAACUAUGAUGUUAUUUAAAAGAGAAUCACAGUUUAUGCCAGUUAGGCAUCAACAUAGCUUGGCUUCUACCCUAUUUAGAUCCAGCUAAAUAUCCUUGCAGAUAUGUAAACUUAUUCUUAAGCUGUCAUGUUUUUGGGUUUGAUCUUUGAUGUCAUCAUACUACUGUUUGUCAUUCUGUCAAUAUUGCUGAUUUAUUCUCUUCUUAUGAUCAGUGUUGAGACUAAGACUUUCGAGAUCGGAGUAAUGAGAAUGAUUGGACUCUCUAAAGUAGGCCUUAUUACACUCAUCUGUUUGCAAAGCAUAAUGUUUGUCCUGCCAGCAAUUAUUCUAGGUUUUGCAGCAUGCUUCCCUAUUUUAAAGGGCAUUUACGGAUUUUUACUGACUGAUGAUCUUGGUAUUCCAAAUGAUCCAGUACCUGAUGGACUUGCUGUACUCUAAGCUCUUAUUAUAGGCAUCAUUAUUCCGAUUCUAUCCUCAAUUUACCCUAUUAAAGUUGUAUUAACCAAGAAUUUGGGUGACUCUUUAGAUUACAGUAGAAGCAAGACUUAGGCAAUAUAUAUUACCAUCCUGAGAAAUGAUGAUUAUGAGCGAAUCGGCAAAUAUGUACCACUGGGAAUGAUCACUACUGCUUAUGGAAUAGCUAUCUAUUAUUUCUUGCCAUUAUCUCUCUUGUCAAUGAACUUAGGCAUGAUCCUAAGAAUAUUCUUUUUAAUUCUUUUGGCAAUGCUUCUUGGUUUAACAAUGCUAGCUCUUAAUGUUUAAAGAAUGUUGGAAAUUGUAUUAACUUAUCUAUUCUUGUUCUACGAGAAAAGAAGUAUGAGGAUGCUUGUAUUAAAAAAUCUUACAGCUCAUAAACUGAGAAAUAUGAUGACCAGCAUUAUAUUCUCCCUGGCGCUUGGAUUUAUAAUAUUCUUGAUUGUAGCUUACACGCUUCAGAUAAAAACAUCUCAACUUAUACAACUAUAGAGAAAAGGAGGAUAUAUAGUAUUAACGUCUGGAGAUGACAGUGUAACUCACCCAAAUGUAGUAGACCCUAUACUAUAGAAAUACUCAGACCUUGUAGACUCCUACGCCUAUAUCACUGGUUCACUUGCGAGCAUUGACGACGCUAAAAUUUCAGAUAUCGAGAUAAGCGACAAAGGCAAAGUAAACCCCAAUAGAAUGUAAAUUUAUGGAGUAACACCUUCAAUCUACGAUGCAACAAUAUCUGAUUUCCUAGUAAAAGGAACCUACAAUGAAUCAACAGGAUUACCAUUUGGAGAAUAGCUCUACACUGCAAGGGGAUCCUAAGGUAUAGGCAUGAGCAGUGUGAUAGCUGACUUGACUGAUACAAAUUAUCCAGAAGAAAAUUUUAGGAAUACCGUGCUAUUUUCAAUAUCUUCUAGUGUUUAUAAUAGGUUUUUCUAGCUAAGAUCAAUAUUUGAUAAUAAAAAGUCCCCAGCUUUUAUAAUGACUGAUAGAAUGUAAUCUGAAGGCUAUAGACAUCAUGGCAUAGUUAGUAUGACUUCCUUUGUGCAAUAUGCUAACUUUGAUUCCAUGAAAAGAAUAACCUUUGAUAGAGUAAUAAUAAAGCUAAAGGAUCCAUUAAACAUGAAGAACAGUGAUGCCUUCAUAAGUGGAAUGAGGAAGACACUAACUCCUUACUAAGAUAAAACUUUGAAUGUGUAUAAUUACAACGACGGAGUAGAGAACGUCUAGAGAAUGGAGACCAUUCUCAACAUGAUCUUCAAUGUCAUUAUUGCAAUUACAAUGUUCCUAUGCUUCUUCUCACUAUCUUCUUCAAUGACUGCAAACUUAUUCGAGUAGAGCAAGGAGAUAGGUAUAAUGAGAGCCAUGGGCCUGACUAAAGUUAGAAUCAUCUUGCUCUAUAUUUAUGAAGCUUUCGUUCUUGUGAUGGCUAGCAGUCUGCUAGGUAUUCUAAUUGGUACUCUAGUUGGUUUCAGUAUGACUAUGCAGUAAAUGCUGUUUGUUGAAAUACCUCUACAGUUCUUCUUCCCAUGGAUGCAGUUCUUAUUGGUUAUUGGAUUAUCGAUACUCUGUGCGAUACUUAGUACUGUUGGACCUACCAGAAAUCUUGUUAAGAAAUCAAUCUCAGGUAUUUUUAGAGUGAAUUGA